UUUCUUUUUUAAAGACUCCGGUCCAAAGACGACAACUUCUGUCUUGUCUGAAUUUAGAAGCAAAAAAUUUAAAGUCAUCCAAGUUUUUAUAUCUUCAAGACAUGCUGGUGUUUCCCCCAUCAUGCCUGACAACCUGCACUAAACAACUGGACUCGUUCUUAUACAACGUAAAACCCUGGCCUUGUCAGCAAGAUCUGGUUCAUUGUGUAAAGGACAUAAAGAUGGUGAAAGUUCUUUUAUCCAAACAUGCAUAUUAAACAAAUAGAGAGGAACAUUAAUGUGUGUUCUCUUUGUGUUUCUCUUUAUUUUGAACCCAGUCCCUGGAACCUCUGAAAUUCUCUAGAAAAGUGGGAGUGUGGAAACCAGUUUAGGAUUGCUACAAGAAACUGUAGUUGUUGGUCAAACCUGCUUCUAGUUGCGUAAAUGUUUCAUAGAAUACGUUUUCAGUUGUGAUUUGGGGGCGUUCUUUGGUAUUUCUGCUGCAGUGUUUAUCUAGAUCUAGAUUAUCAACCUGUUUCGAACAGUUCCCUCCCACAAGAACUCAGUGGAUAAAAAGGCUAACCUAAAGCCUGGUCUCAUAUCAGCAAGAGCAGAUCUUUACAAGAUCAUCUUGGUCAGGUUGACACAGUUGUUUUGCCCUCAGGAUUCAUCUGGUCUCUAAGAAAAGAUGGAGGUGGCAUACAAAGUAACCGUGCACACAGGAGAUGCUGUUCAUUGCAGCACUUUCCAGAAUGUCUUCAUCACUAUCGUGGGCACAGAUGGUCGGAGUAAAGACACAAAGCUCCACAGCCUUUCUCCAUUCUCCCACAAAGGAAAAGGUUUAACCUUUGAGGUGAAAUGCACCAAGCCCCUUGGUGGACUUUUAGUGAUCAUCCUUAGGAAAGAGCACCAUGACUGGCUCCCAAACCACCCAUGGUUUGCUGCUAAGUUGGAAGUGAAAUCUCCAAUUGGAGACAUCUUCCAGUUUCCGAUCUACAAAUGGAUCACUGACUGCAAGCAGCACUAUUUCAAGGAAGGAUCAGCUGUGAUUCCCACUCAAGAUCAACAUCCCAUUAUCAGGACAUGUUGUACGAACGAUAUUGAGGAGCAACAGGGACUGUACUGCUGGACUCAGGAUGAAGAAGGAUUACCGCUCCACAUGAAUGCAGGGACCGUUAGUUCAUUGCCUCUUGAUGCACGUUUCUACAUCACCAAGGACAUAGAGAUGAUCUACACUGCAGCUAAAGCAAUUGCAGAGCUGAAACUGAAAGAGUGGCUUGAGUGGAAGGAUAAGUGGACUAAUAUUGAAGAGAUUCAAUAUUUGUACAGCUGCCAUCGCACUGAAAUCUCAGAUUAUGUCCAUGACCACUGGAAGGAGGACUCGUUCUUUGGCUACCAGUUUCUGAAUGGAGUCAACCCGAUGGUGAUCCAGCGCUGUCAAUCUCUGCCUGCAAACUUUCCUGUCACUGAUAGGAUGGUCUUUAAGGACGGUAAACAGUGUCUGGAAGAUGAGAUGAAGAAUGGCAACAUCUUCCUGUGUGACUACAAGAUUCUGGAUGGAGUGAAAGCAAACAUCAUAAAAGGGAAGCAGCAGUACCUGGUGGCUCCUCUUGUUCUGCUCCACAGAACUCCUGAUGACAAACUGAUGCCGAUUGCAAUACAGCUGAAGCAGACUCCAGCAGAGGACAACCCCAUCUUCCUCCCCACUGACUCGGAGUGGGACUGGAUGUUGGCAAAAACUUUUGUGAGGAAUGCAGAUUUUAACCUGCAUGAACUCAAUGCUCACCUGCUGCGCACCCACCUGCUGGCUGAAGUGUUCACAGUGGCUCUGCUGCGCAACCUUCCCAUGAUGCACCCUCUCUACAAGCUUCUCGUGCCUCACACUCGCUACACUCUGAUGAUCAACUUGUUGGCACGAAAACUUCUCAUCUCUGAGGAUGGCAUUUUCACCAAGUUUGCAUCUUCUGGUGGAGAAGGUAUGUUCACCAUCCUGCGGAGGGCGCUCUCCUCUAUAACAUACAGUUCUCUCUGCUUACCAGAUGACAUCUCUGACCGUGGGCUCAAAGACAUGCCCAACUUCUUCUACAGAGAUGAUGGACUGGAGCUGUGGAACAUCAUCUACAGCUUUGUGCAGGGAACCCUCAGCUACUACUACAAGAACGAUGAGAUGGUCAAGGAGGACAACUUUCUGCAGGCAUGGAUCUGUGAAAUAUUUGAAUUUGGAUUUCUUUGUGAGGAAAGCACAGGUAUUCCAACAGAACUGAACACUGUGGAUGAGCUGCUGAAGUUUGUCACCAUGGUGAUCUUCACCUGCUCAGCACAACACUCAGCUGUGAACACUGGACAGUACGACUUCAUCGGCUGGAUGCCCAACACCCCGGUCUCCCUGGAACGUCCACCACCAUCCAGAAAGGGAGAAGCCACGGAGGCCACCCUGUUGGACACAUUUCCUAAAGUUGACACUACAGUGAAUGGGAUGGCAGCAGUUUGGCUACUCAGCAAGCAGUCCUCCGACUCUGAGGAUCUCGGAAACUACCCAGAGCAGCGCUUCACUGACGAUGUUCCCCUGCAGAAGAUAAAGACCUUCAAAGAGCAACUUAAUAAGCUGAGUCUGAAAAUCAACGAGAGAAACAAACAUCUUGAGCUGCCAUACCCAUACCUGGACCCGAAGGUGGUGGAAAACAGCGUGAGCGUUUAAGGCUCGGUUCCUUCCAGGGUUGCGGCUAAAGUCAGCCUGAAUAGCAGAGCAUGGUUCAGUUUAGGGUGUGGUUCUGAUCUGGUAGAGGACACUGCUGGGUGCUGGUCUUGUAUUCUAGGAAACAUCAAUGUUUUUGUUUGUAAUAAAAUCAUCUUGUUUCUGAAUGUGUGUGGGAAACCUCAGAAUGAGCAGAAAUGGAAAGUGGUAUCUUUGAAGUUGAACUUUUGAUACCUGUUUUUGAUUCUGAUUUAGGGCAAGGGUUGUAGUUUUUAGUCUUGUACCUUUUUGUUUUUUAGAGAUUUUUAAACCUGCAUGUUUGCAUUUUCCUAAUGGCUUUUGGACAAUAAAAGAUAUUUCUAAUA